UUCGCUCCGGAAGGGCGCCAUCAACCAUCAGUGCAUACAUUUAGUGUGUACAUGUACUAUACUUGUAGAUUUGUUUGUCAUUUUUAGGAAACAAGUUGGCAUACUUCACAAAAAUGCUUUGAAGGUAACAUUAACGGUUUCCUGACAUUAACGUUUUUCUAUUUUAUGCACUGUUCAACAUGUGUCUGAUAUGGUUGUUACUUGAUGAAUAGUGACUGGUGUCCAUUUUACUCUUGCCUGCAGGUAUUCAGUGUGGUUACAUGUAGGCUACAUGUCAUUAAUCUACUUUUAAGAUAAUCUGGAUAGAAUUCGAUUCAGUCUGCGCCGUAGGUGUACCCAUAAUGGAUCAGGAUGAAAUGGAUGCGGCGAUUAAAGUUUAUUUUUCUAUGGGAUUAACUUACAAGGACAUAAUCAACGUAAUGGCUAUUGAGCACGGUGUUGUAAUAUCACUACGUCAUUUGAAAAGAAUGUUGAGACAAAUGGGUCUAUUCAGAAGGAAAAAUUAUAGCAACAUUGGAGACUUAAUAGAUUUUGUUCAGUCACAGAUAGCAAAUUCGGGGCAACUACAUGGUUACAGAUGGAUGUACGAAAAAUGCCUAGCACAUAACCUACACUGCAAAAAGGAGGACAUCCGCGUAAUCCUUGGUAUUUUGGAUUCGGAGGGAACUGCUCAAAGACGGAAACGGAGGUUGCUGCGUCGAUCUUACUCAUCGAAGGGCCCCGACUACGUUUGGCACAUUGAUGGCUAUGACAAGUUAAGCCGAUAUGGCAUCUGCAUCAGUGGCUGUGUAGAUGGCUUUUCUCGACGAGUUAUGUGGCUGAAUGCAUAUUACACGAACUCUGACCCAAAGAUAAUCGGGGGAUACUACCUAGAAGUGGUAGAAUCACUUGGUGGAUGUCCACGGCUCGUUCGCGGCGAUGCAGGAACUGAAAAUAUAUAUGUCCGUGACAUUCAGAGGUUUUUACGGCUAGAUAACGAUGACGCCAUGGCAGGUUACAACAGCUACAUGGAAGGAAGAAGUACUGCCAAUCAACGUAUAGAGUAUUGGUGGUCCUUUCUUAGAAGAGAGUGCACGGAUUACUGGAUUCGUCUGUUCAGGCGCCUUCUUGACCAAGGCGAUUUCAGCGGCACAUUUUUGGAUGUGAACUUAAUGCAAUUCUGCUUUAUGCAUGUCAUUCAGGAUGAAUUGGAUAGCAUAAUGGAAAUAUGGAACAGGCACUUGAUACACCCUUCGAGGAAUGCCAAUUCCCCAAGUGGUCGUCCUGACGUCUUGUACCACAUGCCUGAAUUAUAUGGCACUAUCAGCUACCUGUGCGAAGUACCUUCACACCAGACUGCCGUUUGUAAAGAGGAGUGCUCAUUUAGGGGUCCGGUUCCUUGUGACAGAGAUGUAUAUGAUUUGUCCUGCAUGGUGAUGAAAGAAAACCGAUAUCAAUAUCCAAACGAUUCCGAUUCUGCUGUAUUUUUGUAUUUGGAACUAAGACGAACAAUCAGUGCCGCAAUUGUGUGAAUCAGAGAAACAAAAAUAGGAAUACUUAAUCAUUGCAAUGUAGGAUUAUUUGGCGAGCUGAAGUAGCAGGAUUUUUCCAUCAUUUGCAAUGUGUUUGUAUUUGAAACAACUGACAGCUAUUGAGUAUGUUGUUGUAUAUAAAGCUAUCGUUAUAACAUUUAGAUAUAGUCUCAAUUAUUAUUGUUGUUGUUGUUGUUUUUUAUUUAGAUAUCUCAUCCACCGGUCAUUUCGAGAUGUCUCAAAACUUUAACAAACAUUUUUUUCGUGUGUCACUUAUUUAUAAAUACUGAUAUCGCUGAGUAUUUCAACAAACAUCCAAAUGUUCCAAAUAUGUUUCAAACAUUGAGAUAUUUUUUAAAAUAUGUUUGAAGUCAUUGAUGCUGUCAACAAAUUGUACUUUUGCUCGCCAUUGUGUGGGUGUGACUCCAGCCAUAAAAUAUCCUGUGUGCUGCGUAGUAGUGAGCCGCAUUGAAAGAUGUUAGUUGGACAACUUGAGAAGAAAUAAACAUGCACAAUAAUUUAAAUCAA